GUGCUCUCUGUGUUUCUCCUCUCAGUCACUGUUUUCAAUUUCAAACAUCUUAUAUUAACAUUAAUCACCGACUCUAAGUGAUUUUUCAGUAUGCAAUCUGCCAUUGUCAACAGUUUGUCCUGGAAUUGUUUAAGUCCUAACCAUCGUAACAACUGUCUUUCUUCUAGGACGGUUAUUCAGAACCCUCUUCCUCUGGAGGUUGCUUUGCAAAUUCUUGCAAAUAAAGGCCCCAGGGUCGAGGAAAUCAUCCAGCUUCUGGACUGGCAGGUGGAUCCUGACUAUUACUUUAUGGUCCUGGAGCGGCCCAUGCCCUGUCAGUCCUUGUAUGACUAUUUAAAGCGCUACAAGGGCACCAUGGAAGAGGACUUGGCACGAGUUAUAAUGGAACAGGCAGUAUUCGCAGCUCGAAUGUGCUGCCUUCGUGGAGUGUUGCACCGGGAUAUUAAGCUGGAAAACCUUCUGAUUAACCCGGACACACUCGAAGUCAAACUGAUUGACUUUGGCUGUGGUGCAGUCCUCACCGACGUGGGUUACACGUCCUUUGCUGGCACAAGAGAGUACUGCCCUCCUGAGUAUCACAUGACCGGCAUGUACCACGGGGAACCAGCGACAGUGUGGUCACUCGGGAUCCUCUUGUUUGUGAUACUUUUCUGUAAAUUUCCAAAGAGACGACACCUGCACAAGAUUAAUGAUAAAAACUGGACCAAAGCUGCUUGUCGAAAGAAUGCUGCGAUUUAA